AUGUCACUGUUUCGUCCUUGUAUUGAUUUGCACGAUGGACAAGUCAAACAGAUUGUUGGUGCUAGUCUAUCCGAUACUGCCCCAGCUAUUAUGAAAACAAACUUUGUUUCUAGUCAUUCGCCUUCAUACUAUGGCUCCUUGUACAAAGAGAACCAACUUCAUGGUGCUCAUGUCAUUAAACUUGGUGCCAACAAUGACGAAGCUGCUAAACAGGCUCUUGCAGCUUGGCCACAGGGACUACAAAUAGGUGGAGGAAUCACUCUUGAUAAUGCGGAAACGUGGAUCGAUGCAGGUGCUGACAAGAUCAUCGUCACAAGCUGGCUAUUUCAAAAUGCAAAGUUUGAUGAAGAUCGAUUGCGAUUAUUGUCUGAGAAACUAGGAAAACGAUUCUUGGUUGUCGAUCUCAGUUGCAAGACGCUUGAUGAUAAAUGGGUGGUCGCUAUGAACAAAUGGCAGACACCUACAGAUUUAAUACUGAGUGAAUCUGUGCUUGAAAACUUGGGUUCAUAUGCAUCCGAGUUUCUUGUGCACGCUGCAGACGUCGAAGGGUUGUGUCAAGGAAUCGAUGAAAAACUAGUUGAAGCACUUGGAAAGUGGUCAAAGAUCCCUUGCACGUACGCAGGUGGUGCAAAAGAUUUAAGUGAUAUGGAUCUUGUCAAUCGUCUUUCCAAAGGACGUGUCGAUUUAACUUUUGGAAGGCAUGUUGCGCUGGAUAUUUUUGGUGGCAGCGGAGUCAAGUUUGAUGACCUAGUCGCAUGGAACAACACCAUCCGCAACACUAUUUGCAAAUAA